AUGCUCGGAACUAUAACCAGCUUCGACACGAAGCGACGCAACAGACGCGGCAAACAGGGACUCGCGGCGUCGUCCGUCACGGAAACGACGGUCGUUCCCAUCAAAUACCACGGCGGCCGCGUGCUGAGCGGCGCGACGCUGAAUGUGUACAUAAUCUACUAUGGCACCUGGCCAGCAAAAGCGGGACAAAAUAUAAUUGAGAAUUUCAUCUCGUCAAUGAGUCUGGGAAGCGCUAAUAAGCAGGGUGCAGCUGGGGAUCCCAAAGUGAGCUACUGGUGGGCGACAAAUACGAAAUACUACUCGGAGGCAGAGAACGAGACAAAGUCUUUCGUCAGCACGAAGAAUUGCGGCGGUUUUCAUGAAAUUAAAUCUCCCUCCUUCCCCUUCCCCCCCACCCCCCACACACCCCCCCCCCCCCUUCCCCCUCCCCUCCCUGCCGCCUUUCCCAGCACAGUUGUUCGCAGCAAAAUUGGCCCCAAGAAGCCGUUUCCCUACGACGCCAACGGCAUCUAUCUGAUUCUCGCGAGCAAGAACGUGAAAAGCGAUGGCUUUUGCACAGAAAACUGCGGAUUCCACUCCAUGGGGUAUCUCCAGCCGACCUCCGCGUCGGACCGUCAGGGUGUCGCGUUUUCACUCCUGGUUAAUCCCGAUGGAUGCCAAGAUUGCAUGGCUUAUCUAAAGGGAAACCCGACGCCCAACGGCAACCCCGGGAUCGACUCGAUGAUAUUCUCGAUCGCUAACAGCAUGGCGGGACCUGCGACGAAUCCCGAUGAGUUCGGCUGGUUCGACGCUGACAGAUACGAAAGCGUCGGAAAGUGCCUAGCACUACCUGAUGCAUUCGAACCCCUUCUACCGGCUAAGAAUGCGAAAGGUCAGUACUUUGAGUACAACGUCGUGGGGCUCAAGAAUAUGAAGUUCAUGGUUCCGAAGACCUGGGACCUUUCGACCAACACGUGUGUCAUGCAGACGAUAAUCACUUAA